AUGUAUGCUAAGCGCUUUGCCACCUUCUCUUGGACGAUAGUUAAGAAUUUAGCUUACGGCCGGGCAUAUUUAUUGUGGAAGGUUGCAAAGGAUGGAGUUGAAGCAGGAACUGAUUUGGUGCCCGAUGCUAUCUCAAGACCAAUAGCAAGGAUAUGUGUUUCUUUUAUUGCGGCCACAUUUGCACUCUUUGUACUCAAGUCAUUUCUAUCGACAGCAUUCUUUGCCCUGGCCGUGAUGGGACUAAGUUAUUUUGCAUUCAUAGCCUUGAAUAAAGGUGAUGGCCCAAAAGGUGGUGGAGGAGGAGGAACUUCUUCUGUUGAUGAGAGUCUUGAAGAGGCUAGAAGAAUUAUGGACAAGUACAAGUAG